AUGUGGCCAAAGUCGCUGCUUGCGAAAGAGUUCGUUGCAUACGAGACCAUCAAGGACAUCGAGGCCGAUAAAGUCGUAGACAACAGCUCGAUCCCUCCAAGAACGCCGUAUUGGGCUUGGACGCAAAGACUUCGCGAUCCUAUUGUGCUUGCAGUGGUGUGCCAAAGCCUCAUUAUUAUUGUCUUAUGCACUCGACUCAUCAUCGGCAAGAAACCCGAUGACCUGCAAUGCGCUAGACAACUAUCGCCCUAUUCGCCAUACAUCGACUCUGGUGAUAUGGAGUUUGUUGAAUACACAGAGCAGAAUCACUUGAUGCAGCCCUCACCAUACCGCGGAAAACCAACGCGUGAGGUGGAGGAAGCCUGGAUUCGUCUCUGGAGAGUCCCUCCGAUUCGCUUCCCUGAAGACAAGUUGGCGGCCCUGAACAAAGCACCACCAGAGAAGUAUGAGCGUGUUCCCAAAGAAUUGGGGGGAGGCGUCAAGGGUUUUCUCAAUGUUUUCCACCAGCUUCACUGUUUGAAUCUCGUGCGCCAAUACACUUACCGCAACGACUACGACUACAGCAACGUUACCGCUUUCAGGGCCCCUGAAGAACUUGUUCGAGGACACAUCGACCAUUGCAUAGAGACGAUCAGAAAGUCUCUCAUGUGCACUGCUGACGUCACGCCUGUGGUGUUUGAGAAGGAUCCAUCACGGGCUUCGGGGUCAAAGAGCGAUUUCAAUCUGUGGCGCAAAUGCAGAAAGUUUGAUAGAAUUCAGGACUGGACUAUCAUGAACAGAGGUGUUUAA